AUGGCAGAGGUAGAGACACCUAAAAUUACAAGCUUUUUGUAUUGCGACGUCUGCACUUUACCAGUAGAGUACUGUGAAUUUAGCGGAACUCUGAAGAAAUGCAAAGCAUGGCUUAAAUCUACUCAUGAAGACGUUUACCAAAAGUUGUAUUCGGAUUCAGACUUAGCCUCUGAAACGAACAAAAACUUAAAUGUUGCUGAAGAACCUAUUGAAGGAGAAGAGUCUACAAAGUUGACAAAGGAAGAACGCAGGUUUGAGAGAGAAGAAGCAAAGAGAAUGUCUUCCAAGGUUUACAUAAAAACCAUUGAGCGAACCAAGAGAAAGAGAGUAACCACCGUUCAAGGACUUGAUGCGUUCAACAUUGAAACCAAAAAGGCUGCAAAGAUGCUCGCCAAUAAAUUCGCGACAGGUGCCAGUGUCACCAAAACUGCCGACAAGAAGGAUGAAAUUGUUAUUCAAGGUGACUUAGGGUAUGAUAUUUUCGAUUAUAUCGCAGAGAAGUUUAAAGAGAUCCCUGAAGACAACAUCGUUGUCGUUGAAGAUACCAAGUCUAAAAGGAAGUAA